ACAGUCAAUUGCCAAAUGUCCAUUCUGCUGGAUAGGCAGGCGACCUAUGAGACCACAUUCCCAGAAAUUAGGGGCUUAAAAAUAGCAAGGAAAGAAGUCGGCACAUUGAUAACGUGCUGUCAGCUUGUCGGCUUUAUAGUUAAGGUGUUUUUUUGGGAGCUGCUGCAGACAAAUCCAUUACCAGGUGAGCCAACAGAAGAUAUAACUCGCAGCUUUAUAGCAAUGGAGGCGUCUUUGCUUGCCGUUCCUCCUCGAAAGCUCGGAACGCAAGGAUUCCAGGUUUCAACACUAGGUCUAGGAUGUUCUGGACUUUCGGGGGCAUAUGGUGACUACGCUUCAGAGGAAGAUGCAACUUCACUAUUCCAACAUGCUUUCAACAAGGGGGUCACGUUUUUUGACACGGCAGAUAUCUAUGGCAGAUUUACAAACGAAAUAUUAGUUGGGAAGGCACUAAAAUGUUUACCAAGAGAAAGAAUUCAGAUUGCAACAAAGUUUGGAGUCCAUUUUGAUAGUAAUGGCAAACCUGAAAUAAAUGGCACUGCAGAGCACGUCAGACGGGCUUGUGAAGCUAGCCUUCAGCGCUUGGGCAUGGAGUACAUUGACUUAUACUACCCGCACCGUGUAGACAGACAAGUUCCAAUUGAGGAAACUGUAGGCGAAAUGAAAAAACUUGUCCAGGAAGGGAAAAUAAAGUAUAUUGGACUCUGUGACGCUAGUGUAGAUACAAUAAGAAGAGCUUAUGCAGUGCACCCAAUAACUGCAGUACAGUAUGAAUGGUCCUUAUGGUCUCGGGAGAUUGAAGCGGAAAUAAUUCCUGCAUGCAGGGAACUAGGCAUUGGAAUAGUGCCCUAUAGUCCUUUGGGUCGUGGUUUUUUCUCUGGAAAGGUUUUCAAAGCAACGACUUACGAGAACACGCGGUGGAGUAAUCGCUCGAGGUUCCAGCCAGAAAAUCUGAAGAAGAAUGAAAUUUUAUUUGAACGUGUCUCAAAUAUUGCGAAGAAGCAUAAUUGCACAACAGCUCAGCUAGCUUUGGCAUGGGUUUUCCAUCAAGGAGAUGAUAUUGUACCCAUUCCAGGAACGACUAAAACGAAGAAUUUGGAUGAUAAUAUUGCAUCAUUGAGCAUAAAGUUUUCAAAGAGUGAUCAAGAUGAAAUUUCAAAUGCAGUCCCAGAAAAUGAAAUUGCAGGUUUAAAAUGUAGCGAGGAGGAUAAACACUCAUGGAAAGUUGCCUUUACACCUCCAUGUGCAUGAGCAUGCAUCAAGUUUAUUGCCCAUUACAAGUACAUUUGUUAUAAUACAUUUAUUGCAUGACGGACAUAUAGAUCUUGACAUAUUCGAGGCAUCAACUGUCGUUGAUCAUCCGACUCAAACAUGUUGGUUUCAAAUAUUUGUCAAAGUGUAUCUUUAUUAUUUACAGUUCUACUAGUUAUCUUUCUGACUUUGAAGACGAUAGAUAGAAGUCGAUGGUGAAAUAAGAACUUAUGCACUAUUUGAAGUA